CAGUGGGGUUUUGUGUCCAAAUUUCACAGUUUUUAUUUCAGAGCAACUCCUUUCAUUGGCGUCUUGUCGCGCGUGAAUGACGUCAGAGAACCGUUUUCCAUCAUGGCGGCGGAAGGCUGUGAGGAGCUGAGCGGCAACGGGGAGCUUUCUUCAGCCAUGGAGACUUGUGAGAGUCCUGCAUUGCCUCCAACUGACAUGACAGAAAUGUCGGAAGAGAAUGGUGGUGCCACUGAGGCUCAUGAGGCUCAUGAGGCCCAUGAGGCCCAUGAGGCUCACGUGGCCCUUGAGGCUCACGUGGCCCAUGAGGCUCACGUAGGCCCGGACCCAGAUUCCUUCUCCAUGCCCCGAGCCGCAGAAGAUGAGGAGGGAGAACUGCCCGCAGACUUUGAGCGUCUGUGGAAGGCUGCCCAUGACAAUCCUCAAGACUUCACCAGCUGGACCGACCUGCUGCAGUACUGUGAGCAAGAGAGUCACGUCACAGCAUCACGCAGAGCACUAGAGGCUUUCCUCUCUCGAUACCCGCUCUGUUACGGCUACUGGAAGAAAUUUGCUGAUCUGGAGCGCCGCGCUGGGUACAACAACAAAGCAGAGGAGGUGUGUGUUCAGGGUCUCCAAGUAAUCCCUCUGAGUGUAGAUCUGUGGAUCCACUACAUCAAUCUGCUGCUGGGAACACUAGACAUGAACCUGCCUGAGUCGCCCCAACGGAUUCGCAGUGUGUUUGAGGAUGCAAUUCAGGCUGCAGGUCUGGACUUCCACUCAGAUCGGCUUUGGGAUCUUUAUGUUGAGUGGGAGAAGGAGCAGGGGAACAUGAGGAACGCAGCAGCCGUCCUGGACAGAGUUCUCAAAGUCCCCACUCAGCUCUACAACACCCACUAUGACAAGUUCAAGGAACACCUGAACAGCCACGAGCCCAAAGAAGUGCUUUCCCCCGAGGAGUACGAGGAGCUCAGGUCGUUAUGCCGGCAGAGUCAAAAAGCAGAGCGUGCUGAACAGGCCCAGGAGGAGGAGCAGGAGAGACCGCCGGGGGAGGAGGAGCCUGCCACACCUGAGGGCACAGACACCGAGGAAUUGAUGCAGAGGAUCAGGGAACAAGUGCUGGUUCACAGGGACAAAGUAUACCAGGACAAUGAGGGAGAAGUUCGCAAGAGAUGGCACUUUGAAGACGCUAUCAAACGUCCGUAUUUCCACGUCAAGCCGCUUGACCGCCUCCAGCUGCGGACCUGGCACUCCUACCUGGACUGGGAGAUCGCUCAGCUGAGCAUGGACACAAAAGAGUCCAACCCAGAUCCAAACCAGACAGCCACAGAGGGGUCAGAGGUCGAAGCCCAGCCUCAGGAAAGAUCAGAGGAUGCUGCAGUUGCCCAUGACGACUACAGGGUUCGCAUCCUCUUUGAGCGCUGCCUGAUCGCCUGUGCUCUUUAUGAGGAGUUCUGGACCAGGUACGCUCAGUACCUGGAGUCGCAGAGUGUUGAGGAGGCGCGAGCUGUUUUCAAACGAGCCUGUGAAAUCCACUUGACGUACAAACCCAACAUCCACAUGCACUGGGCCACCUUUGAGGAGAGGCACGGUGACUUAAACGAGGCCCGACGAGUGCUGGAGGCCCUGGAGAAAACCCUACCAGGGCUGGCGGUGGUUCUUCUUCGCAGGGUUGCUUUAGAGAGACGAGCAGGCCAGCUGGACCAAUCGGAGGCCUUGCUGCAGGAGGCGGUGGAUAAAUCCAAAGAGAAGCCUACGUUACACGCUUUCUACUCCAUCAAGUUGGCUCGUCUGCUGCUGAAACUGGGCAGGAACCCCAGCCGAGCCCGCAGGGUUUUACAGGAGGCUCUGGAGAUCAGUCCGGAUAAUGAUAAACUGCACAUGAACCUGUUGGAGCUGGAGGCAUCGGGGGACCCCUGGGCCUCAGCUGAGGCAGUGCAGGAGUGUGUGACGCGAGCCCUGGCAUCUCCCCUCACCCCACACACCAAGAUCCUCUUCUCACAGAGAGGCCUGCAGUUCGCCGAGGACUACAGCAACUCCAUCCAGAGUGUGCUGUCUGUGUAUGAGGAGCACCAGAAACUGCUGAAAGAACUGGGUGGAACAAAGAGAGAUGCAGAAAACGGGGAUGAGGACCCAGAGAAACUGAGCAAAGUUGACGACGGCUCUGCCGUUGCUGUGUCUGCACAAGGUCCACCUACCAUGCCGCAUGUCCCCAUCACCACGCCACCUCCACCUGUGAUGGGCGCCGACAUGAGUGCACAGGCCGGCUACGGAGGAUACAGCAGUUGGUACCAGCAACCACAGUACAGCAGCUACGGAUACCAGAACACCUGGAACUACAACCAGGGCUACUAUCCUCCCAGCUAAAGCGGGCGACAGUGACUGUGACCCCAGAGCGGGCCACAGGAAGCACUCGGACCCCAAAUGACUUCUAAGCUGAACAACAAACUGAACCGCCCAGUCCUGUCAGUCCACCUGCUAAAGUGACAUCCCGCCAUCCUUUCCUCGUUCCUCUGAGUUACCUCACUGUCCUGGAUGCGUCUUAGCACGUCGUGUCAUUUCAGUGUUUAUUCUGAGGGACAGCUGGAAAGAUGAUGGUAGGAAACAAUGACACCCAUUCACAGUACAACAGCGUCUGUGUUUUAAUAAGAAAUAUUUUUGUAGUUGCAAACCGACCCCCAUUGCUCCUGUUUUAAAGUCAUGCAGUUUAUCAAACUUUACAAGCAGAUGUAUGAAUCACAUUUUGUACCAUUCCAGAGAGGCUAUUUGUUUUUUUUUUUUGUUUUCUAAUGUAUUUAAAGGCGUUUUAUAGUGUGUCACAA